CGGAAACGGUUAGCUGACUCGUUCGUUAUCCGUGUUGUCUUAGCUAAUUUGGCUAGCAGAUGUCGACAGGUCGACCUUAUUUACAGAAGAAUAUGUGCGCAUAAAACAAAUCCCAACGCCACUCCUAGAAAGAGAGGAGCAUGGCGCACCAAGGCACUCUACCUCAGCUGUCCCAUUGGACGGAAGACCUGGAGCAAGAUGACGACUCAGACAGGGACUCUGGUGUGGGUGAUGAUGCUGAGCGUUGCCAUGGAAGCCCAGUGACUGUAGAGGAUGGAGACAACCACCAAGAUGCCACAGAAGAAAGAAGUCGGGAGGGAGAAGACUUUACAGUUUUUGUUGCGUUUCAGGGGAAUAUGGAAGAUGAAGACUUCAUGAUUAAACUUGACAAUGUCCUCAGUGGUAUACCCAAUAUGCUUGAUAUGGAAUCAAAGAAGCUGCAUCCACAGCACGUAGAGCCGUGGAACAGUGUGCGCGUUACCUUCAACAUUCCACGGGAUGCUGCUGAACGACUUAGGCUGCUGGCUCAGAACAACCAGCAGCAGCUCCGAGACCUGGGGAUUCUUUCUGUGCAGAUCGAAGGAGAGGGGGCCAUCAAUGUUGCAGGGGGACCAAAUCGAGGGCAAGAAGUCCGAGUUAAUGGACCAAUUGGAACACCUGGCCAGAUGAGAAUGGAUGUUGGUUUUCCAGGACAGCCUGGUCCAGGAAUGAGGAUGGCAAAUCCUAUGAUGGUUCCCCCAGGCCCAGCAAUGCCAGGUCAGGCGUUAGUACCAGGCAGCAGUGGACAGAUGCAUCCGCGGGUUUCAAGACCGUCAUCACAAACAGAUGUCAUGGAUCCAAUGAUGCCAGGCAUGUCAGUUCAGCAGCAGCAACUUCAACACCAACAGGCUGGUCCGCAUGGUCCCAUUCCUCCCCAGGCUGCCCAUCAUAUGCAGGCUAUGCAGGCUGGAAGACCAAUCAACCCUGCUGCUUUGCAGCAGCUUCAGCAACAACAUCACCAACAGCAACAAGCCCAACAGCAAGCACAGCUCUCUCAGCUUGGACCCAGACCUCCAUUCAACGCAUCAGGCCAGAUGGCAAUGCCUCCUGGCUGGACCCCCUCUGGAAUGCUUCAGACGCCAGCUGCCCAAGGAGGCCCUGGCUGGAGGAAGCCUCCACCUCAAGCCCAGAUGGUUCAGCAACGUCCUUCUCUUGCCACAGUUCAGACGCCCAGUCACCCACCACCACCUUAUCCGUUUGGUAGUCAGCAGGCAGGUCAGGUAUUCAAUGCAAUGGGACAAGGACAGUUGCAGCAGCAACAGCAGGCUGGAAUGGGUCAAUUUGCUGCACCCCAGCCUAAAGGACCACAGGUUGGCCCUGGCGGGGUUGUAGGACCACCCAGACCUCCACCACCCCUUCCACCGCCAUCUGGUCCACAGGGCAAUCUCACCGCCAAGUCCCCAGGGUCCUCGUCAUCUCCUUUUCAGCAGAGUUCACCUGGAACUCCCCCCAUGAUGGCUCAGAGGCCUACAACACCACAGGGUUUUCCUCAGGGUAUUAGUUCACCAGGAAGAGUAGCCCUCAACCAACAAGGUAACAUGCAACAAGGAUUCAUAGGAAUGCCCCAACAUGGACAACCUGGAACACAGGUUCAUCCAGGUAUGCCAAAGCGGCCUAUGGGCUUCCCAAACACAAACUUUUCUCAAGGUCAGGUGAGCACUAAUACUCCAGGAACCCCCAGUCAAGGAUCCAGUCAGCAGCUCCAGAGCAGCCAAACAAUGACUCACACAGGAGUUCAGCAGUCCUCUUCUGCACCAAAUUCAAUGCAAGGCCCACCCCAUGUCCAACCCAAUGUUAUGGGUGUACCAAGUGGCAUAGCAGGUCAGUCCCCUGGCACAACUACUGUGCCUAGCAUGACUCAGCAACAACAGCAGCAGCAACCAGGCCUUCAGAAUCAGAUGAUGGGCCUCCAGCAUCAGGCCCAACCCGUGUCCUCCUCCCCCAGCCAGAUGGUUCAAGGCCAGGGUGGAGGUCAGACUGUCCUCUCAAGGCCCCUCAGUCAAGGGCAGAGGGGAGGGAUGACCCCACCCAAGCAAAUGAUGCCUCAGCAAGGCCAGGGGGUGAUUCAUGGGCAGGGUCAGAUGGUUGGAGGCCAAGGGCAUCAGGCAAUGCUCCUGCAGCAGCAGCAGCAGCAGCAGCAACAACAACAACAACAGCAACAACAGCAGCAGCAGCAGCAACAGCAACAGCAGCAGCAGCAACAACAACAACAACAAAGUUCCAUGAUGGAACAAAUGGUUGUAAGCCAAAUGCAAGGCAAUAAACAGGCAUUUGGAGGGAAGAUACCUGCUGGGAUCAUGCCUGGCCAGAUGAUGCGUGGACCCUCACCAAAUGUCCCAGGUAACAUGCCGCAGUUCCAGGGCCAGGUUGGCCCACAGCAAAUGACUCCACAACAGCAGCAGCAAAUGGCUCAUCUUCAGCAGCAGCAGUUACAACAGCAACAACAGCAGCAGUUACAACAACAGCAGCAGCAACAACACCAGCAGAUGAACCAGCAGCAGCCUCAGCAGGUUCCACUUACUGGCAAUCCUAAUCAACUAAUGGGCAUGCAUGGGCAACAGAUGAGGCUCCCUGCUGGUCACCCUCUUAUUCAACAACAGUUGCAACAGCAGCAGUUACAACAGCAGCAGCAGCAGAAACAGCAGCAGCAAGUGAUGUUGCAGCAACAGCAGGCAUCUCAACCGCACCCACAUCCAUUGGGAGAUCCAAAUAGUGGAACUGGCGAUUUGGGGGUCCAACAGAUGGUCCCUGAUAUGCAGGUACAGCAGCCACAAGGCAUGAUGGGGGGCCCACAGCACAUGCAAAUGGCAAAUGGACACUUUGCAGGUCAUGGUAUGAACUUUAACUCACAAUUCCCGGGUCAGGUUCCAAUGGGGGGACCUUGUGCACAGACAGGUGGUUUUGUCAGUAAGGAUGUGACAUUGACAAGCCCCCUGUUGGUAAAUCUACUGCAGAGUGAUAUCUCAGCCAGCCAGUUUGGACCAGGUGGAAAACAAGCAGGUGGGGGUAAUCAGGUCAAACCGAAAAAGAAGAAACCUGCACGAAAGAAGAAGCCCAAAGAUGGAGAAGGACCCCAGCAAGUUGAGGGACUCGGUGGCCUUGAUGUAACUGGUAACAUGGAGGAUUCUGAACUGCAAAAUGUAGGUGGUGAACAGAGUAUGGGUCUGGAUAACUCUUGCCCCAGUAGGCCUGCAGGUUUUCAUGGCCAACCUGGUGAUCAAAGGGCACUGCAGCAGGUACCAAUGCAGUUUAUGCAGCAGCAGCAGCAGCAGCAACAACAACAAAUACAGCACAUGCAACAACAACAACAAAUACAACAACAACAACAACAACAAAUGCAGCAGCACCAAUUACAACAGCAGCAGCAGAUGCAACAGCAGUUGCAACAGUUGCAGAUGCAAGGCCUCCAGAAUGCUCAAGGGCAGCAGGGAAUGGCCGGCACUCACACCACAGGUCAAGGCCAACCCCAAAUACACCCCCAUCAGCUACAGCAGCAACAGGGUCAGCAGCAUUUGCAACAACAGCAACAGAUGCUGAUGAUGCUUAAGAUGCAGCAAGAGCAGAAAAAUCGUAUGUCCAUCGCCCCAGGAGGUCAGCUCCCUCCUCGUGGCAUUGGCAAUCAACCUGAGGCACAGAGAGUUCCUGUGUCACAGCAAGGGAAUAUGCCUGUAAUGAUCAGCCUUCAAGGACAUGCAGGUUUAGCACCGUCGCCUGACAAAGCUAGAGGGAUGCCCCUGAUCAUAAAUCCUCAGCUGGCAAGUGCUGCGCGACGAAUGUCUCUUCCUGAUUCAGGACAGGGUCCCCAAGGCACAGGUUCUGAGGAGACAACUUCGGGGAUUCACCAAAAGCAGGACAGGCCAAGUGGUCCCGAAAUCGGCAUACAGCCUGGAAAUGGGGCCCAACAGAUGAUCGCUAACCAGGGUCCCACCUCACAUGUGCUGAAGCAAGGCCCUGUGGCACCGUCAGUGGCCCAGCACACUGGAGCCAGUCCCCAGCAACAGUUGCCCACUCAGCCUCAACAAGGAGGACCUAUGUCUGGCAUUCAUUUCCCCAAUGUUCCCACAACUUCACAAAGCUCCAGACCAAAAACUCCUAACAGGGCCAGCCCCAGACCAUACCAUCACCCCCUCACCCCAACUAAUCGUCCACCCAGCACUGAACCCUCUGAAAUCAACCUUUCCCCAGAAAGGCUCAAUGCUUCAAUUGCUGGGCUAUUUCCACCUAAAAUCAACAUUCCUCUGCCCCCCAGGCAGCCAAACUUAAACAGAGGAUUUGAUCAGCAAGGGCUUAACCCAACAACUUUGAAAGCCAUUGGACAGGCACCUCCAAGCUUAACUUUACCAGGCAACAACAACAACAACAACAAUGGAAGUGGUGGAAACAAUGCUAACAGUAGUCAGCAGCCUUUUGCUGCUGGUGCUGGAGGAAGCACUAAACAGGACAAGCAGUCUGGAGGACAGGGCAAAAGGGCAAGUCCAAGCAAUAGUCGUAGAUCAAGUCCAGCUUCUAGUCGUAAGUCAACCACACCAAGUCCUGGAAGACAAAAAGGAACAAAAGUGGCCAUCACCUGCCCUCCCCAACCUCAGCAGUUGGUCAACCCUCAGGGGCAAACGAUGAUGCUAAGCCCUACCUCAGUAACCCCAAAUCCAGUAUCUUUACCCUCACAAUUGAGCGGAAGCACAGAGACACAUCAGACUCAGAUUCCCUUCCAUGGUUUACCUGAGGGAGUCAGAGAAAGUCAGGUAAUAACGGCAGACCAACGUCAGAUGACUCAGCCUUUAAGGGAGUUGUCAGUUCCUAGACUGAAUAGUCCUCGUCUCCCCACUCCGCAGCAACCUAAAUCUGACUUGGAGCAGCAAGGUGGGGCAUUAGAUAGGCAGCCAACACACAAAGUACCUCUGCAAGACUCUGAAGGAUCAGUUUCUGUCAGAUCGGCUCCUACUUCCCUCAAUCAGCUUCUGGACAACAAGAUGCUUCUUCGGCCCGUGCAUGGCAGUACGGUUAGGGAUAUUAUUGGAAAAGACAGUCCUAAAUUGGCCGUGGAUCCAGAGAGACAACUCCAUAGUAAUACCCAGAGUGCAGACAUGCAAGCCUCUGCUCCUGCGGCCACGCUUAAUGAAUCAGAAGCUAAACUCAAACCUGCUGUCUCAACCCCCACUAACAGUCACAACAUGACUCCUAGUACAAACAUGACUCUCAAUACCACUCCCAGCCAUACGCAAAACCCUUUGUCCUCUCCUGGUGUCAGUUCCAAUCUAAAUGUAAGUACCACCCUUUGUUCAACUUUAAGUAACACCAAUGUUACCCAGGGUGUAAGCACCAACCCAAUUACUUCGACUCACGGUAAUCUUUCUUUAGCUGUAAGUGCCAGUUCUAAUGUCAGUUGUAGUCCCAGCCAAUCCAGUUUGACUCUCAAACCCGGCAUGGGCCCUAAGCCUUUAACAAGUGUUCACUCAGUUAUACAAAUUCCUGCUUCAUCUAGUUCAAUUUCUCCGAACCAGAUCACUGUAUUUGUCACACCUAACCCCAUCACUUCUGCCCCCACAUCUCAAGUUGCUUCAUCUGUGGUCCCCACAAUGGUAGCUCUCCCAAACAAGAAUAUUCGGCCACAGGAUAUUCGGCAUCAGACACCUGUCACUCGACCACCUCAGUUUAUCACCACCACCCCUGUUUUUAUCAACCCGAUUUUUCAAGUACCGAGUACAUCAGUGUCAUCCAGUACCACAGUAGUAUCUCAGUCAGUCACCAUGGUGGGAUCUGUCCAAGUGUCUACUUCUAACAUCCAACUUUCUACUGCCUCGAGUGCCACACAGUCAUCAGGGGGGAACAUAACCACCUCUCAACUUGCCCGAAGCACUGUAGGACAGCUUCAGACCGCUACUAGUGUGUCCUCAUCCACACCAAUUGGUGUUCCAUCAGUUCUUCAGCAAAUCAGUCAUGGGACUCUUAAAAUAGAAAAUGUAGGUGAAGCAACUUCUGCUCAGAAAUCAAGUCCCCCCGUCUGCCAACCGUCUUCUUAUUCAAGCUCUUCGGCAUCUUCCUCCCUUCAGCCUCCCAUUGCAUCUCCUCCUCCCUGCUCAAUUCCUAACAGUGUGAAUACACUUCGAAAGGGCCCUAUGUCUCCUGCUUCCACUGCCCAAAUAAAAAGCAAGCUGACACAGGUAACCAUAGCACUCUCUGCAACAGCUGAUUCCCAGAUACCUGCUCAGCCGCCCAUCGUGGCUGCUCCACCCCAUGUUGUGCCUGUAGUGGCCUACACCACUGUUGCUGGUCCAAACGUAACUACACCAACAGUCUCCUCCUAUAUGACACUUUCUGGUCAGCUUCCUGUUCCUACCCAGACUCCCAUGACUACUUCAGCUUCGGUCACAAACCUUGCACAUGCUGUAACUUCCCAAAAUCCCCUUGUUACUGUAGUUGGUACCACCACUGUGGUCUCCUCAGCUACCUUGCUCUCUACAGUCACUCCUGUUCAAAAUCCAGUACCAUCUGUUGUUCCAAUUGUUGCCGUGCCAGGAUCUAUUCAGGACGCCCCACCCACAAAUUCAUCUCCUGUUGCUAAUGUCAGUGGAGUUCCUCUUUCUCAGGCUGGACCUCAGUCUUUUGAACCUGCCAUUACACAAGUGGUGGCUCCUGCUGAUACUAUUCAGACCAUACCAGAAUGUAUUCCUCCAGAAGCUUCGCAAGGGCCUGUUGCGUGUGAGAAGACAAGUGAAGAAGUCUUGACAGGUCCUGAACAGGGAUGGGCAAAGAAAAGAAAGACGCCCAUCAACUUAGUCCCAAGAGCUGCUGUGGAGAAGCCCAAAGGGCCGAGCAGACGCAGCUCCCGAGCAGAGAAGGAGGCAGAGGAGGAGCCAAUACCAGACAGCGGUGUUCGGAAGAGAUCAGCUCGGCCUGGGACAACUGCCGCUGUAAAAGAAACUGGAGCCAGUCCUACGCAGGCCAAACGAAGGAAGUCAAAAUAGGAGCAAAUGUCUCUUUUGACAGCUUGUGAACUGUACAGUCAGGUUUUUGUUUCCCGCUGUGAAUCACUAGAUUUGGAUUUCUCUGUCCCGGGAUAUGAUUUUUCACUGGAGUAAGAAAUCAUGUACAGAUUGUUUUAAAGAGUAAUGAUGUAUUGUCCAUCCUAUACUGUAAGAUUGUAGUUAAAAAGUGUGCAUAUAAUAUGCGCUUGUAUGAUUGUGCUUUUUUUUUGUUACAUGCUGGAUUAAUCAUGUUUAGACUGAUAAUGGAGCUUGUCAUGUUGUAAACCUGAAUUAAAUUUUCUACUGCUUUAGCCCUAUCAUGGUAUUUACUGCAGCUUGUUGGUUACUGUAUUUAGACUAAUAUCAGUAAGUAGUUUACUCACUAAAAUAUAAAGUGAAUGCCACACUGUUGAGUAAAAUGCAAAUUAAAUUGUAAUACCGA